UCCGCAACCGUUUGCAUUUCGCGCACGAACUGAAGUGUUGGUGAGCACCUGUAAAUCUAUCAGAUUCAAAAGAGUUGCACACUGAGCAGGCAACCAUGGCCAACCAACCAAUCGAUAUCAUAACAAAGGUUUUGGAGCAGUCAGCCAAGCUGGUGGAGGAGAAGCUGGAUGCGCAGUUGAGCAAACUGAAUGAAAUGGAUGAAGAUGAUUUGGAAAGACUUAAGGAAAGGCGAUUGGAGGCCCUUAAAAAAGCCCAGAAACAGGAGCAGGAGUGGUUGUCUAAAGGCCAUGGAGAGUACAGAGAAGUCCCAAGUGAGAAGGAUUUUUUCAGCGAGGUCAAAGAGAGCAAGAAUGUUGUCUGCCACUUCUACAGAAGUUCCACCUUCAGGUGUAAGAUCCUCGACAAACACUUGGCCAUCUUGGCAAAGAAGCAUGUUGAGACCAAGUUCAUCAAACUGAAUGUGGAAAAGGCCCCAUUUCUGACAGAGAGGCUGCGCAUCAAGGUCAUUCCUACGCUGGCCCUGCUAUUAGACGGAAAAACAAAGGACUAUGUGGUUGGAUUCACUGACCUGGGAAACACAGACGAGUUUCCCACAGACAUGCUUGAAUGGAGACUCGGCUGUGCAGAUGUUAUUAAGUACAGUGGUAACCUGAUGGAGCCUCCUACAGCGACGCAGAGGUCGGGCACAAAGUUCACGAGGGUGGAGAAGAAAACCAUCAGAGGACGAGCUUACGAUUCAGAUUCAGAUUCUGGAGAUGACUGAAAAGCAUCGACAGUCUUCCGGUUUUCUCUCUCAGGGCUACCUCAUUCAAAAAAGCCUAGCAGACAGCCCAUUUUAAUUUUUCCUCUGCCCUUCUCUCAGUGAUUUUACCUCACAUUUUCCAUAUUUUAAUGUACCAUAUCUCAAAUCAAGUGAUCAGUUAACAUUUUUGAUUGAGCCUUAUUUAAUAAAUUGUCUGCCAUGUUUUAUAUUUCAAUAACUACUUAAAGAGCAAGAAAACAUUACUCAUCUAAUUGUUGAGAAUCCAGUAUAUGUCACAGAAUCGUUGCACUAACCAUGUAUCAUCUAGCUCUUAGAUUCAUCUUAUUGUUUUUGAUUUUGUUUUGUUGGCUAAACCCUUAAAGCUUUGUCCUUAGUUAGAGGUGUGCUCAUUUAGGUAGUUCUGUUUAUUUCGUGUGUUUCCUUGUAACCGUGUGAGUCUGAUGAUGAACAGAAAUCUUGAUGCAUGAGUGCCAAGUUCAUCUUUUAGCACCAGAAUACAUUUUUACAUGACAUUUCCUUGUAGCAAGAAUUUGGCUUAACUAAUGCAGACUUAAUAAAAAGUAUAACAGGAAUUU